AUGUCUCUUCAAUCAUCUCAUGAUUUAAGUCAGAAUUUACUUAUUGGGAAGAUACCACAAGAGCUUGCAAAAUUACAUUCCUUGGAAACAUUGGACCUCUCUCACAAUAUGCUUAAUGGUUCCAUCCCAAAUUCUUUUAAUAAUUUGCAAAGCCUGACUGUUGUGAAUAUAUCUUACAAUCAAUUAGAAGGCCCUAUUCCUAACAUUAAGGCAUUUCAUGAGGCUUCAUUUGAUGCCUUAAGAAACAAUAAGGGACUAUGUGGAAAGGCCACUGGACUAAUGCCUUGUGCUGUCGCUGCUAGAAAAAGCACCAAAGUCAUCAUUUUCAUUGUGCUUCCACUCUUUGGUCUUCUUCUUUUGCUCUUUAUCAUAGCUGGAAGUUUCCUUAUUCUUCGCUCAAAAAACCAAACCAGAAAAUCCGAGUCAAUCGAGGCAAAACUUGGAGAUUUUUUCACGUUGUGGGGAUAUAAUGGAAGAAUACUCUAUGAGAACAUUAUUGAAGCCACUGAAGAUUUCAGCUCCAACAAAUGCAUUGGUUCAGGAGGCUAUGGAACUGUUUAUAAAGCUGCGCUACCCAUUGGUGAGGUGGUUGCUGUGAAGAAACUUCACCAAUCUGAAGAUAGCAUGAUUUGCAGCAACUUGAAAGCCUUUGAAAGCGAGAUUCAUGCUUUAUCAGAAAUAAGGCAUCGUAACAUUGUGAAGCUGUAUGGCUUUUGUUCACAUCCAAAGAACUCAUUUUUGGUUUUUGAGUUUGUAGAAAGGGGAAGUUUGGGAAUGGUGUUAAGCAGCCAGGACGAGGCAAUGGAGUUGGAUUGGGAGAAGAGGCUAAAUGUUGUAAAAGGAGUGGCCAAUGCCUUGUCUUAUAUGCAUCAUGACCAUUUACCGCCGAUAAUUCAUCGAGACAUUUCCAGCAACAAUGUUCUUCUAGAUUUGGACUAUGAGGCUCAUGUCUCAGAUUUCGGCACAGCCAGACUUUUAAGGCCUGACUCCUCUAAUUGGACCUCACUUACUGGCACUUUCGGGUAUAUAGCUCCAGAGUUGGCUUAUACGAUGAAAGUAGACGAGAGAUGUGAUGUUUAUAGUUUUGGAGUGCUAACAAUGGAAAUAUUUAUGGGAAGGCAUCCUGGUGAUUUGAUUUCAUGUUUACCAUCGUCGUCAUCGGCACUGGCAUCAACAUCGACAUCAAUACCAAAUGAUAACCAACUGAUUUUACUUAAAGAUGUGAUAGACCAACGCCUCUCACCACCGGUAAGGCAAGUUGCCAAGGAUGUUGUCUCUACUACAAAGCUAGCAUUUGCAUGCUUGAAUGGCAGUCCCCAACUUCGACCAACCAUGCGACAAGUUGCUCAAGCCCUUACCCAUCAAUCGCUUCCAUUGCCCAAUCCUUUUUCAAUCAUAAAAUUGGGAGAAUUGUGGGAUCAUGAAAAAAGGAGAAGACUUGAGGAUUUGGGUUCCAAGAAACAAUGUACCAUUUGUUUGGAGGAGUUCUUGGUUGGAGACAAAGUUGCCUUUGAUGCCUUAUCAUCCAGGAUGUACUUAUAUUAUUUGAAAUUAAGGACUUAUUGGUUUGGGAUUAUUUUUGAGUUUAAAUUAUCUACUGCUCCAUCCAUUGAAACAAAAACCCUUCGAAAUGGAAAGCUAGACUUGACUAGGAGUGAGCAAUUGUUCAGUUGUCGAUUCAAAUCAGUUUUAAAAAACUUCAAAAUCCAGAAACCAAUUUAA